AUGUCACCCCAGCUCGUCAAUACCCUUGCACUAGGAAUAAACGCGGCCCCCGACAAAAAUCCCAUCUCGCCGGUAUCUCUCUACAAUGAGAGAGUGUUAAGCCGCAAGAGGCAUCAAGCACUAGCCUUGGACGACGGAUACUACUCCGCACCUAAAAGGAGUACUUACAAAUCAGGUAUCAAAAGAUAUUCUAAUGUUUCAGGUCUUUCCAUUGACGGAUGUGGCAACGGUAACGGAUUUGGCAACGGUAACGGAUUUGGCAACGGCAACGGCUCAUCUCAGUCUAGUGAUGAGAUUUCGUUGAAUACUCUUACUAACUAUAUCCAUCUAUCAUACUCUGAAUUAUCUGAGAAUUUUCCUAAUUUGACAAAAGAGAAAGUGAAUGAAAUAACAAUGUCCAUAAUGGAUGGUACUUACACCCAGUCUCCCCUAAGAAUAAGGCCAUUUAUUGAUUCUAAAAAUGAAUUGGGUAUCAAGCUUUAUGUUAUGGAUAGAUUCAAUAAUAAAAAACCAUUUGAAGUUUAUUCACAGGAAGAAGACAACCUUGUUCAACUUUCGCUGGCAUUUAUGUUAAAUAAACAUAUAUAUAUGAAGGGAGUUUUCAUGGCAAAUUGCGUGGGGUAUCAUAAUUUGUUACCUACUUAUUAUGAUUUAGUAUGUUCUAGAAAGAAUGUCUUUAAGGUAUAUCGAUUAGACCUAACAAAUUCCCUUUCGAGUAUAAAUCGAGAGAGUUUGUUAUCUAACCUUGAAUCUAUUGUGAAUGAUGUGGAAAUCUUAAGAUAUGUAAGAGAAUACAUUAAUUUACCUUUUGUUACUGAGUAUGGAAUACCCCUAUCCCUCCAUCCAACUACAGCUAUACCACCCUCAGGAUUUCUGAGUUGUGUAUUACUGAAUUAUGCUUUAAUGGACUUCGAUAAGGCUUUUCUCGAAUUCUUAAGGAAUCUGCUUGGUUCUAAGGUGAGGCUCGAGAGACCUGGAUUCGGACAGAUUGAUAGAGGAAAUGCCAAAGCAAUGAACUUGGAUUUCGUACUUGUUAAAAAGUUCGAUCUGCCUAUGAACUCAGCUAGGGAUCCGUCUAGAUUCGCUCUCAAGACAGCUCUUCCCGGAAAUAAGGAAUGCGAUGAUUCUUUGCCCUCGUAG